UAAACACAACAAUCUGCUAGAAACCUAAUCGAUGUGACAGCUAGGGAUGACAAUGGUUAGGUUUAGGUUGGGUUUUGCCAAACCCAAAUUCAUAGGUUUAUCCUUUACAAAAACCAGGGUAAAAUUCAAUGGGUUUGGAAAACUCAAACCCACCCCGUUGGGUAUCGGCGGGUUCAUGGAUACCCAGUGGUUUUUGUGGUUAAAUAUAACAAGUUCCUAUCAAAACAAAAGUCAAACAUCUAUAUCUCCAUACAAAUUAUCCAUACAAAAAAAUAAAAAACAAGUCUAGAAAAUUCAAACAAAUCACAAAUUAUCCACUCAAAAUGUAAAUUAGAUUGUGAGAAAUUAGAAUUAUGGUAGAAUUUGAAGAGAGUAGGCGACGGAAUAAGUAUGAGUGAGUAUCCAAGGGUCGAGUAUCCCUAAACCCAAAUCCAACCCAAUCCAGUGAAAGUAUAACGAGUUUAAACUCGAACUCGAUCCAAAACUCCUCAACAAGAGUUUUACCCGUAUUAACCGGAUUGAAUCGGAUAGAGUACCCGUGAGUUCGGGUUUUGUUGCCAUCCCUGAACUAGACUGAUCGCUUCCGGUAACUCGAAACUUUAGAGAAACCAUAAUGGCAGGCCCGCGUGCGUGCGGUGGCGCCAUAAACCUCGGCCCAAUGACAAUUCUUGGGUAGGCAGGUCUACCAAGGGCCCAAUACAGGGCGUCCACGUUAGGAAGUCCAGGUUGCCCUAAACCCGUGCGUGCGACAAAACUUCAUGCUAUAUGUCCCUGAAACUCUGACUCUGCAAGAGAACUGGAGAAGUAAUAUAUUUUCGACCAAUAAAAUAAUAAAUAAAUACUGUUCUUAUUUUUCUCCCCCAACCUCCAUUUUUUUUUUCUUGCUCCCCAAUUCACUUGAUUUCAUUUUCGCGUUGCUAAAAGAGGAUUUUCCCCAAUUUCCCUCGAAUUUUUGUUUAUAUGUUUUUUUCCCUUCUUUUUUGGCUCCAACCCUUCUGAUUUUUUUUUACCUCGAAACUCUCUUUUUUUUCUUUUUUUUCCUCUCUUUUUCUUCCUCUACUAGUUCUCGGCCGAUCACCUUUCUCGCACUUUCUCUCCCGAUUUUCGCUCCUUUCAAACACUCCGCUUCUUCCCCUCAUCGGCCAGCCCCCUACUCCCUCAAUCCCUCCGAUCGCCGGAGAUUGUUCUUUUCUCCUCUCUACCGAUCUCUACUCCCUCCGCGCCUCUCACUUUUUCCAACUGGUACGUAUCACCGAUCACUUCACUUACUGCUCGUGCUUUUCCCUUUUCAUCCUUAAAAAGGCUCAGGCGUAUACGUUCCUUCAAUCCAGUCUAGCCUUUUCGUAGAUCACGUCACCGGCACGAUACCGAACGAUUUUCUCAUUUCCUUUUUUUUUUUUCAUUAGCAUUCUUCCUCGAGGUUUUUCGCCAUUGAUUUCGCGGCACUGCGUUGAUUUUCUCUUUCGAUUGGUGGAGGUGAGAAAGAACACGAGGGUCCUGAUGCGGAGAGAUUUUGUCUCGUUUUUUUGAAUUGGUUAGGGUUGCAAUCUCGACUUAAUUGAAUUAGGUCGGUUGAAAUUAUGCAGGGUAUGGGGAAGUUCUUUUGGUUAGCGAUGGGAAUGGUCAAUGGGGGGAAUGGGAGAUUCGAAACUGUAAUUUGUUGUAGGUGGUAUCUAGCGAAUGAAAAUACCAGUUAUCUGACUAACUUACUAAGUUGGUGUUUUUGGGAGCAAUGGGUUGUUUAUUUUGCUCGUUAAUAACCACAAUGUGGAGUGGAGGCGAUUCAGAUGAUUCCUAUUAUGCAUAAUUAAUGGCACAUUUAUUAUUGUCUUUGGAACUGAGAUUGCUAGCCGAUUCGUCUGACGAUUCUCUCUUGACAUUGUUCUUCUUUGUGCAGUGCCGUUUUUGGCGGGUUCAUUAUAUCCUGGAUCGAUCCUGUGUUCAUAAAUGCCAGUUGCGAAACUCAAAGGGUCCAACACUACAGAUGUGAUGAAAUCGGAAGAUGGGAAUGAUUCCCUAGACACGUUCAUCAGGCAAGCAAUGGGGAAGGAGCCUCUGCUUUCCUUCCCUAGGACUAACGAUAGCCCCGUACAGUGGAUCCAACUGCUUCAAGCUCUGGACCAGCAAGAUGGACCAGGGUGGCCUUUACUGACCCCUUUGAAGGUUCAGAUGCAAAAAUGUGACAAGUGUUCACGAGAGUUUUGUUCCUCCAUAAACUAUAGGAGGCACAUACGUGUUCACCAUCGACUGAAAAAGCUUGACAAGGAUACCACAAAAAACAGGAAUCUGUUGGGAGCCUUUUGGGAGAAGCUCUCUGAAGAUGAAGCAAAGGAGAUUUUGUCAUUCAAGGAUGUGGCGUUAGAGGAAGUGUCGGGAUCUUCAAUUAUAAAGUCGUUGAUGGCUCUUAACCGGAAACAGGGAUUUUCUCCACUUCCACAGUACUGUUUGAGGGCUGGUACUGCUCUUCUGGAUAUUAUCCAGGGGAGAUUUAGGUAUCCUUUAUCUUCAGAGGAAUUGUUUAGCAUUCUUGAUGAUGCCAGUGAAAAGACAUUUCUAUGUGGAGCAGCAAUCUCAAUGCAGAAGUAUAUUUUUGACGGGGAAGCUGCGAAAACUGGUCUCGAAACAAAGAACAUAGUUGCAUGCACCAGCUUCUUGGUGGAACAGAAAUUGAUUAAGGCAUGGCUUGCAGACAAGGAUGCUGAAGCCCUGAGAUGCCAGAAAUUGCUUUUCGAGGAGGAAGAAGCUGCUCAGAGAAGGCAAGCGGAACUGGUGGAGCGGAAAAGGCAGAAGAAACUCAGGCAGAAAGAACAGAGAGCUAAGGAUCAGAGGCUGGAGGAGAAACCCGACAUCGAGGAGCACAGUGAUGAGACGUUGGAGGAGCCCUCAGCUGAACUACCCUGCUCAACUGCAUGUAGUUCUAACUCGCAUGAUGUCGACAUUCAGCCAGAUCCCUUUCCGUCUUCUUCCGAGCCUCUCCAACUCGCAUUUCAAGACGAAGAGUUGUUUGAUCUGGAGAGUCAGAUUCUAUACGAUGCUGGAGCUGCUUGUGAUCCUGGCAGAGAUUAUUUUGUCGAAAGGCACACGACACUACAGGGAAGCAACCGUAAUAGGCACGUAGGUCGGUGGCACAUGCCUCCGAAAUCCCAGUGGAAUCAUAUUCCUAAUGGUUAUCACGGAACUUACAGGGAACCGAAACAAAUCCCAAUGGUUAAUGGGAACAGAAAGUGGAGCAGGAAACCUAGAGUAGAAUAUGCCACCGGGGAGACCUUGAAACCCAGAAUCGAAAGGGAAGUAGCUAUAACAAGCCAGCAGCCAGACCAUCAUGCCAAGAAACGCGAAGUUCUGAUUGGCUCCAUCUCUGUUGCACUUGGGAAUUCUAGUCAACAGGAUUGUCAAGCAGACCAACAGCAAGCACCAAAGAAGAGCAAUAAUAUUCAGGACAAACACUCGAAUCGUCCGACAGUGAAGCAGCAGUGGAGGCCUGUGAGCCGGAAUGGCAACAAAGGCCAACCACCAGACGAAAGCGUCUCUCGAGAAUCCCCAUACGAGAGCCUGCCUCCUCCUGGGAGGUUUCAGUUCUCGAGCCAGGCGGCUAAAGCUUUUCUUGCAGAGAGGUGGAAGGAGGCCAUGGCAACCGAGCAUGUGAAAUUGGUUCUGGCACCAGAAUCACUCAAAGCCAGCAACGGUGUACAACAAAAUGGCUGUUCCGCCGUAACAUCUGAGUCAUCGGAUGUUCGUAGGGGUCCGGAGCUCGGUACUAGAGGAUCGGAGGAAGAGAUGGUGGUUGAAGCAGGUGGUGGUGUGAAGGCCAAGUUCAGAUCAAAACCUGAGAAAGGCGUCAAGCUAAAGUACAUACCGAAACAAAGAACGUUGAGCUAAUAAACCAAAGAAGAGGGAAGGAAGGAGGAGCAGAAUCUUUUUUACAUCGUUUUUGGGGGGUUUCUCUUAUACAAAUGUGCACAGCUUCUGAUUUUUCUCAUUCUUAGCAGAUUGUUCCAGUUUUACUGUCAGGACAAGAAAAUUGAAAGAAAAGAAAUCGAGAGUGAUCUGGAAAAGAAAAGGGUUUUUUGCAGGAAGCCAUUUUUCAGUAUCGUCCCUUUUUUAUUUAUUUUACAACAGAGUGUCAGUAGCAACAUCAGGAGGUUUGGUUGGUAUUAUUAUUUAGCAGAGGCAGAGCAUAUAGUAGGCUAUCCUCCUUUUUUUGGUUCAAUUUUGGGGUUGGGUGGGUCUUUGUUUGCUUCAUAGUCUCAAUUGUUUUCCCUGUAAUAAUAAAGUUUUGGUAUCUCUUGUAAGCUUUUUUUUCCUGAUUGACAUGCCACACAUAAAAUGGCAAAGCUCACCUUUCCAUUCUCCUACCUUCCUAUUUCUCAAAGUUGCACAUAACUAGUUUAUGACAAGCUAAACAAAUAGAUGGUGCACCAAGCAUGUUUAAGCAGGAACUUUUGUGUUUGACCAAUUCUUCUGUAGUCUAUCGGUAAUCGAUUAUAUAACCACCUAGUAUUCGAAUUUAGUAAUAUUGAUUAUAAUCUCAUAUUUGCUAAUUAGAGUUUGGUCUAAUAGUACUACUGCGGUACGACCUACUAUUGGUUUUUAUCCUUAUCCUAUUCAUCUAAGUUACUACUUUCCACUAUAUAUCAAGGUUAAAAAGGUGCUAGCGCGAGCGUUGAGGCUUUGCCUAGCGCCUAGCUCGCAUAGGCGUAGACUAAGCGAGCAUAGGCGGUGGAAGAAAAAUAGUUAUUCGGA